AUGGACAGCCACAACAUUCAAGUAGGCCAAUUGCCUCAGGGAUUUACUACAAUUGACCCAAAUUCUUCAAAUGCAUCAAAUGCAGCAGAACAAAAUCAGCUGCAAAUUCAGGAAAAAAAACAAAUGAUUUUGGAGCAGGCUCUCACACAAGAGGCACUAGCUAGGCUUGGAAGAAUCAAGAUGGUGAAGCAAGAAAAGGCCGCUGCAGUUGAGAACCUUGUGGUGUCUCUCGUGAUGCAAGGUAAACUACCAGCAAAAAUCAAUGAAGGGAAAUUGAUCGAAAUGCUUGAGAGGGGUGCAAGGAGAGGCGGACAGGAAGCCAAACAAACAUCAAUAAAAGUUCAGAGGAAACGAUACUCGCUUGAUAGCGACGAUGAAGAUGACGAUGAUCUUUUCUAA